AUGGAUCAAGUACCAGAUUCAGCCCAACAUUAUAUCGAGUGUGACACGGAAUCCUGUAGGAACUUAUCCAAAUUUUAUUGCAAUAGCUGUCACCAGCGAAUCUGUGUCCAAUGCAAACAGACCCAUGUUGAGAAAAACAAUGAACAUGAAAUAGUCCUCUAUCAAGAGAGAAAAAGAAAACUACCUUCAGAAAAAUGCAAGAUCCACCCCACACAAGAUGUAGACGUUUACUGUAAAGUUUGCCAGGAUCCUCUUUGUUCUACAUGCGUUUUCAAAAAUCACAGAGAUCAUGACAUCAGUGACCUUGAAACCAUAUACAAUGACAUUUUACAACAAUGUCAGAUGGAAAUAACUGAGAUCUGGAACACAGUCAUUCCCAAAGCUAAAAAUAAUAUUGGAUCAAUUGGAGAAAAGAAAGAUAAUGUCAAGAGGGAAAUUAGCAAAUUAAGAGUUUCCAUGAAGAAUAGAGCAGAUGAACUGAAGAUUGUUAUUGACAGUGUACUUACUGAUUAUAAUAAAAAAAUAGAUGAGAUCGAGAAUUCCAUUCAAAAUGUUAUGGAGGAACAACAGAAGAGAACAGAGGACUACAUAAAUUACCUUUACAAAAUUAUUUCAGACUAUGAGAGUAAGCUUUUCUCAGUAAAACCAACUGAACUCAUGAAAAUCCAUAUUGAUAUUUCAUUAGCUUCCCUAAAGAGGCCUAACAAAGCUAAACUCAAAGUGCCAAUUUUCACACCACCUACAUUGCACAAAGAGGAAAUAUGCAAACAGUUUGGUAAAAUUGAACUAGAUUCAUCUGAAAUGUUUGAGCUUUCUUCUAUCAAAAAAGUUAGUGAAAUUACUAUCAAGGAACAUGUUUACCAUUUGUUUCCUUUACCUCCCGAUAAUUUUUGGGCUAGUGGUGUUUUUGGGAAUCUCAUGCAGUAUAAUAUGGAAAGAAAGAUUUUAAAGAAAAUAACCAACAGCAUGACCAUUGAAAGGAAAAUUUACGGUGAUCAUACUGUAACAAUAAAGAAAGCACUUCUAUAUACAGAUUACAGUAAAAACACUGUCUACAGAGUAGCUAAUGACAUGUCUAUCAACAAUUUGAUUCAAACAGGGAACUGGAAACCUGGAGCUAUCUACUCCUCUCCUAUCAAUGAGCACAUAUUUGUCGGGAUGGAGAGAAAUCUAGACAAUAAAAUAACCAGAUACAACAAAGAAGGAAGAAAGCUACAGGAAAUACAGUGGGAUGUUAAAAGACGAAAACUUUACCAAAGUGUUAACUAUAUCACUGAGAAUAUCAACGGUGACAUCUGUACAUCAGAUACCAAAGCCAGACAGGUUGUGGUGGUGACUGCAUCAGGAGAAUACCGGUUCUCUUACUCUGGUCACCGCUCUCAGUCUGGGUUCCUGCCCUGUGGAAUUUGUACGGAUGUUUUGGGACACAUUUUGGUGUGCAAUGGCUUUAUAACAUUUAAAGAGAAUUGCUCCAGUAUCCACCUUCUGGACAAAGACGGUCACAUUUUGUCUUUCUUACUCACACCAGAACAAUGUCCUCCACAUCCCCGUGCUCUUUGUAUUGAUGAUAAACACAAUCUCUGGGUUGGCGGAUGGGAUAGUUCUGCUGUCUAUGUGUACAGAUAUUUGCUGAUGACAAAAACAUAUUUUAUGUACUACUUUGGAAAUGCAAAGAUUCCUGUCAGCAGCGUGAACCUGGUAUAA